AUGUCUAAGCUCUUCAUUGGAGGCCUUGCGUGGCAUACCGACGACCAAGCUCUCCGUCAAAAGUUCGAGGAGUUCGGUCAAGUCGAAGAAGCUGUCGUAGUCAAGGACCGUGAUACUGGCCGUAGCCGAGGCUUUGGCUUCGUUCGCUAUGCGCAAGACACCGAGGCCGAUGCUGCUAUGCAAGCCAUGAACAACGAGGAGUUCGACGGACGUAGGAUUCGUGUCGACAAGGCCUCCGACCGUGCUGGCGGCGGCGCUCCCCGUGGUGGCGGCUAUGGAGGCGGCGGUGGUGGAUACCGUGGAGGCUACGGAGGACAGCAAGGAGGUGGCUAUGGCGGCGGCGGUGGCCGUGGAUACGGUGGCGGUCAAUGGGGUUCAUCCCAGGGCGGCGGCGGUGGCGGCGGCGGAUACCAAUCUCGCGGCGGCUACGGCGGCGGCCAAGGUGGUGGACAGGGCGGCUACGGUGGCGGUCAAGAAGGUGGUCAGGGUGGUGGCCAGCAGUGGUAA